UCUAUCAAAUAUGAUUUUACGGGACGGGUAGCCCUGAUAACGGGGUCGAGUGCGGGCAUCGGUGCGGCCACUGCUAUACUAUUGGCCAAAAGUGGAGCCCAAGUGGUAAUCACCGGACGUAAUGCCAAUAACAUCGACAAAGUCUGUAAACAAUGUACAGAAGUGUCGCCGAAAGGGUUGAAAGCGGUUUCAGUGGUGGCCGAUGUGACCAAAGAGGCAGAUCUUGACCGACUUCUGGCCACUACUGUCCAGACUUGCGGUCAAUUAGAUAUUCUGGUCAAUAACGUCGGGUUCACUCCUAUGUGCCCGUUUACUGACGAGCAUUUUAUGCAAAAUUUCCGGUCAGUUAUGGACACAAACCUGAAUUCAAUUGUCUAUUUAACAAAAAUAUCGGUCGAGUAUUUGGAGAAAACCAAUGGAUCGGUCAUUAAUAUGUCAAGUGUUUUGGGUUUAAUAACAGCUCCAUUGAUGACGUCAUACUGCAUGUCAAAAGUGGCGCUCGACAUGUUUACCAAAUGCAUGGCCGUCGAGUUGGGACCCAAACGUAUACGCGUUAAUUCAAUCAACGCUGGGUUGGUUGGAAAUACCAACUUUUUCAAAACUAAUUUCGGCGCUACCGAUGCUCAGGAGAGCGCUAUGGCUGAGCACAUGGAAGGCCUAUUACCGGUUGGACGACUGGGCGAUAGUCUGGAUGUGGCCAAUGCCGUGGCCUAUCUGGCCAGUAAUGAGGGUAGUUUUGUCACCGGCACUAAUCUAUUGAUAGAUGGUGGACACAUGGCCGCCAAUGUUGGCCAUAAUAUUGGGUUUCUUUGA